GGUCGUCUACUUCAGAAGCAGCGGUGGCCGCCGGGAGCGAGAGCAAGAUAUCGAUCGAGUAGCCGCCGGAUCGACGUCGAACAACAAUGGUUCACGUCCCCUUCUAUCGCAACUAUGGUAAGACUUUUAAGAAGCCCCGUCGUCCUUAUGAAAAGGAGCGGUUGGAUGCUGAGUUGAAGCUUGUUGGAGAGUAUGGUCUUCGAUGCAAAAGGGAGCUUUGGAGGGUGCAAUAUGCCCUUAGUCGCAUUCGUAAUGCCGCAAGAAUGCUUUUGACCCUUGAGGAGAAGGACCCACGUAGGAUUUUUGAGGGUGAAGCCCUUAUGAGGAGGAUGAACAGGUAUGGUCUUUUGGAUGAGAGUCAGAACAAGCUUGAUUAUGUGCUGGCCCUUACCGUGGAGAACUUCCUUGAGCGACGUCUCCAGACACUUGUGUUCAAGACUGGUAUGGCCAAGUCUAUCCACCAUGCUAGAGUUCUCAUCAAGCAGAGACACAUCAGGGUGGGAAGGCAGGUGGUGAAUGUACCAUCCUUCAUGGUGAGAGUGGACUCACAGAAGCACAUAGACUUCUCACUCACAAGUCCGUUUGGCGGUGGCCGACCUGGCAGGGUUAAGCGAAAGAACCAGAAGGCAGCUGCAAAGAAGGCUGCUGGUGGAGAUGCUGACGAGGAUGACGAAGAAUGAACUGACUUGCAUUUGAGUCCUAUGAGUACUUGUUAUCUUGGUAAUAACUCAUUGUAGGAAGUUUUGGUUGCUUUGCCAAUCUUUUUGUUGCCGUUUAUGGAUUUAAUUGAUGAUAGGUUGAUUUUUGCAUUGGAGGUUUUGCUUAAAUUUUUGUGAUUGAUUAAAAUUUGGGAUUAUAUCUCUUGCCAUUUUCGGUUUCUGGACCUAUAGGUGUAUUGUGAGAAAAUAUGGGCCAUUAUUGGUUAAAAAUCUAAUGGAUUUAGGUGGAAUUGGUCUAA